UCUCUCUCGUAAUUUCUCUCAUUCUCUCUCUUGAACUUUAUGUGUGUUGAGCCAUGGGCAUGGGCCUUGAUUCGGAUUAAAGUUUCCAUCGAUUUCAAUUUCCGGGUAGUAAUUAUCAACGUUAGAGCGUCCAUUUUACCGAUUAAAUUGAGAUUCCAACUCAGCAGUUCAGAGAAAUAAUGCUAGCAAUAGAGAGAGCAAUUCGGACAAUCCACACAGCUGUAGAUGCUCCACGCCUCUCUAGAUUCGCUCUUCAUGCCCCUAAAUUGGUGGAGGUGGGAUUUGCUGAUGGUAGCGCCUUUAACUUGUCUGCAGAAUUUCUUAGAGUACACAGCCCAGCUGUUGAUGGCAAGGUCAGGUCUAUUGGGGGCGAGAAGGUGAUAUCUGGAAGGCGUCAUGUCGGAAUCAUGUCUGCGGAACCUGUAGGAAACUAUGGGGUAAGGAUGGUUUUCGAUGACUUGCAUAAAACGGGCAUAUAUUCUUGGGAUUAUUUCUAUCAUCUUGGGAGCAACAAAUUUACCCUCAUGAGAAAUUACAUCAAAACAUUAAAGAAGCAUGGACUCAGCCGGGAUCCACUUAGAAGAAAAUAGUAGACUUAUGUGAGAUCACCCUAGCUUUUUCUUCAAGUGAUGUAUCAUUAGGUUUACAAUGCCAAUCAACUUUGUCUUAGAUAGGAAAAUUUCAUUAUUCCUAUCAAGCGGGAAAGUGUAAUGUUGGAUAUUGUGGAUAAAGUUUACUGCUGUUGUUUAUUGAUUACUAGUCCAGAUCGAUUGCUGAAGAAUAUUGGUUCGAGUAGAUUGAAGUUCAAGGAUGAUAGCAGAGGUCUGUGACUAACCACUGCAAAAGCCAUCGUCAGCAGCAAUGAUGUACAAUGAACGUUGAACUUAUGCUUCACAAUAAGAAUGUUCACUUUGGAGCUCCA